AUGCCUUGGGAGCCACCCCUGUCGUCUAGCAACACCACUGUGUCCCACCUGGUCAACCCUGAGGCCGACGCCAAGAUCCUCAGCCAGGAGCUGGACGUGGGCGUGGAAGGGAGCUACCAGUGGGCCUUCCAGACAGACAACGGGAUCGUGGCGCAGGCGCGCGGCGAGCUUACCAACCCGCAGUCUCCAGUGUCCCACGUGGUGAGCCCCGAAGCCGGCGCCAAAAUCCUCAGCCAGGAGCUGGACGUGGGCGUGGAAGGGAGCUACCAGUGGGCCUUCCAGACCGACAACGGGAUCACGGCGCAGGCGCGCGGCGAGCUUACCAACCCGCAGUCUUCUCUUUCGACUAGCAGCCCCACUGGUCUCCGAGCCAGUGUCCCACGUGGUGAGCCCCGAAGCCGGCGCCAAGAUCCCAAGAUCCUCAGCCAGGAGCUGGACGUCGGCGUGGAAGGGAGCUACCAGUGGGCCUUCCAGACAGACAACGGGAUCACGGCGCAGGCGCGCGGCGAGCUUACCAACCCGCAGUCUCCAGUGUCCCACCUGGUCAACCCUGAGGCCAACGCCAAGAUCCUCAGCCAGGAGCUGGACGUGGGCGUGGAAGGGAGCUACCAGUGGGCCUUCCAGUCCGACAACGGGAUCUCGGCGCAGGCGCGCGGCGAGCUUACCAACCCGCAGUCUGACAACGCAGCGCAAGUGGUGCAGGGCCAGGCUGCGUGGUCCUCCCCUGACGGCGAGCAGAUCAGCCUGCAGUAUGUAGCCGACGAGAACGGGUACCAGCCUCAGGGCUCCCACCUCCCCACCCCUCCCCCCAUCCCGGCCGCGAUCCAGCGGGCUCUGCAGUACAUAGCCGAGCACCCGCCCAAGGAGGAGCCCAGGUCUUAAGGAGGAGUAGAAUAAAAUCCCGCAGACUAUAGACAUUUUAACCGUAACUUUAAACAUAACCUGUGUUUUAGUAUGGAGUUUGAUAACUUUGACGUUUGUUAUAGUUAAAGAAAGAUGGUGCAACCCAGCUGUAGUCGACCGACAAGUUGUUGACCUGUUAACCAGUAAAAUAUACAUGGAAGUACGCACUAAACUAUCGGCCGACUAAAAGUCUGUGUCUACGGGGACUUUAAGCGUAGGCGCAGACCGCCGAAUUUUAGUUGGACUCGAUUUAAAUUUGUAUGAAGAACUGGCCGAUACCGCAUCGGUGCAAUGUGCGCACUUUCAUACAUCCAUACUGAUUAACACCCCGACUAAACUAUCGGCCGACUUAAAGUCUUUAGUCUGCGGAAACUUAUGUGUAGAAGUAUACUGGAGCUUGAGUUUGAGAACCACUAAUGGGGGAGUGGCGACACCUAUUGAGGCGCCACUACAAACUGGUUGUAAGGAUCGCUCAACAGAUGGCGCUGAUAUAAGCUUACUAUGGCACACGCCUCCGGGCCUACAAACCUGGAUCGCGAUAGUAAAGAUUUUUUUAAUUAGUGGUUAAACACAAGCUACAGUGGACUUUUUAGUUGUAGUAUUAUGUAAGAUAAAAAAUGAUAAACAGUUCAAGUACAAAUAAGUAAAAUUUUGUAACAAAUAAAGUAAAUUUUAAAGGUGGAUUCACAUUGAUAGGUAAUGCUUACAUAGCGUCAGAGACUAAUGCCCGUUUUCACCAUCAAUCCCUAAUAUUUAUGUGACCCCUAUGAAAACAAAAUUCAUAAUUAUUAUGUGUUACCAUAGGGGUCACUUAAAAAUUAAGGAUUGAUGGUGAAAACGGGCGUAUGUUUCCUGCAGACAUCACCUAACAAUGUCAAUAUACCUUAAACAGUAUACUUAAUAAAACUAAAUUCUGUAUCCAGUUUUGUCCUUGGCGUCAGCCAUAUUGGUGUAUAAUGACGUCAAUUAUAUGAUUUUGUGUAUUAUAACGUUGUAUGUAAGUCGUUCUAUGCGCCAUAUUGUUUCUUAAAAUACUCGUAGUCUCGUAUUUACGUGUAAGAUUUUUUAAUAUUUACUGUGAUAAAAGAAAUAAAUGUUUUGUAACAA